AGUGUGAGCGUGCGUGUGUGUCUGUGUGUGAGCUGCAAAGUGCCUUAUAGCGAUUGCUUCUUGUCCUAUAUUUCUUAGUCGAAUCUAUUCUCUAUAUCUUUUUGUACUCGAAAUUGCAAAUAAUUAACAUUAAAGUAUAUAAAUAAUUAAUAAAAAUGAACAAUCGUCGUUUUAAAUAAUAGAUUUUCUAACAUUUGCUUUAUAAAUACUUUAUCUAUUGUAAAGCCUGACCAGGAUUGUAUGAGGUGCGGCCAUAUUUCGAAAUUUCGUUGGAGCUAAUAAUUUUUAAAGUUACCUGUAUCACGUAUGUGUCAUCGCCGUAAACGUUUCAUUUAUAAGAAAAGAUUGAUAACUAUUCGUAUUAUAAUAUAUAAAAAUAUUCUGAACAAUGGAUAUGAUAAGUGUUUGCAAGAAAAAGUGAAGUACUCGAUAGUAUUUUAAUAAAUGACUAUAAAAUAGCAUCUGAAUUAACAGACGGACGGCCUAACGAGAAUUACAACGCUACCAACCUACCCUUCGGCGACUUCUCAUAUCUGACAGAAAUGAUGUACAAUCCAUUGGCGUAUUCGUAUGGCGUGACCAGCGUGGAUCCAGACCGCAACGUGGACGCAGACCAGAGCAUGACCACAGAAACAUCUCACGAUAGGACCAUCGACGUGUCGGACUCCUCGUCCGACGAUGAAGACAGUUCCCGAGUGGAGCCGGAGGAAAACGUGCCGCCUGUUGCUAUGGAAACUCAGAUUAUGACCGUCGGUGACUGCCAGAUUGUAAAAUUGCCCCCAAACAACGAGGAGAAAGAGGACAAGACGGAUCAAGUACAGCCGGAAGCGAAUGUCGUGUCCUCAUCCACGCCCAGUUCGGUCACAAUUACUCCCAUAACCACAGUGGGCGAUUGUACUAUACGACCGGUGGAGAACACAUAAUAUGUACCCAUACUUUUGAUCUACCCCAUCCUUACGCCGACGGAAUAAGAACCGAAUGGAAAUCGUACGAACUUCAAUAAAUAUCCAAAAAUCUCGGAAAAUUAUUUUAUAUUUCUGCCAAAAAUAUGUUCGCAUAUUUCAAGUAUACUUGAACAAAACGAAAGUUAAAUAAUUCUAUAAAAAUAUAAAUAUAUAUUUUUUAAAUGCGAAAUAAAGCUGCAUGCAUGUGAAAUAUGUUUAUUUUUCUCUUCCGAAACUAUAUAGAAGUUCGUACUUGAUAGGAAUGCAAAAUAUUUACUGUAUUUGUCUCAUUCAUAUUUGAAUGUAAUUAAAAGACGAAGAGAAUCAUUAGUCUUCCUGCAAUCGGUUUCGGCAGAGUGGAAGCGAGAGUCCAUAUGGGGUAGAUCAUAAGGUUAAUGAGAUGGCAUUUGCUUUGAAAACUAAGCGUGUGACACACACAAAGUUUCCAAUCAUUCAUUUGUUCGUUCAUUCAUCAAAAGCCUAAUAAGGCACUUAGACUUAAGUAGCCUGAAAUGCGCCCGAUUCUCUUAUGAUAAUAUUAUGUGUAGAUGCGUGUUUCAAUAAUUUGCCAUUAACAGAAUUGCGAUAUAUUGUGUCGCAUUAUCUCUUUUGGUGAAUCAAAUCGAAACUCUUUUGAAUGUUUAAGAAUGGUAAUGUGUGUAUUGUAUAAGCGAAUAAAAAGUUUAACACUAAUUUUCGCAUAACUCACACGUGUUCACUUUAAUAUUAGGAUGUAUUUGCCUUGAUUGUUAUGCGUAGGAAAUGUGUUUGUAAGUCUUCCCAUAAACAAGAAAAUACGGAGAUACUGUAAUGGUUACAUUUAAAUCGGAACACAAAUGCUACCACGGUUAUGUUAGCGAAGUUUACGCGAGAUAAAAAUGUCGCAGUUAAACCGACUGUUGCAUUUAGAUUGGGGUUGAGAAAAAAUCGGAUGAGAGGAGGAAUCGGAGAAAUUACUGUAAAAUUAAGCUUUACUCAUCAGAACAAAUAUGGCAUCAGCACCGACACUUCUCGCGGAGAUAUUUUAGUGAUUGAUUAAUCUGAUAUAAUAUAGCCAUAAUGAUAAAAGAAUAUUUAGUUUUAGGGUACUUUUACGUGCGUACUACGGUAUAUAACUAUAUAUUAUAUAUAUUAUAUUAUAAUAUGAUGCCAUAUUUUUCUAAUGUUAGAAUAACAGUGAUACUCAAUCACACAACAGGAACCGAACAAAGAAAUAGUCACUGAAUCGCAAACGGUCUGCAUGGAACUUUUUAGUACAUUAGUAAAGAAGUCCAGAUUUAAAACGGAGACACUUAUAAAUGAAUAAAGGAAAUAUAAACUCUCACGCCCGUCACUCAGGGAGGUACUUCCAUUUGGUACAAUCCUGAACCACCCCUCGCUUCUUCCACGUUCAGAUAUUUAUACACAUACAUGCUUGUUGAUUUAAGGUACACUUAAGUUGAACCAUCUUUCAAUAUUUCGCCAAUUAAAUAAAAAAGUUAUAACAAAAUAUGGCAUCUUCUCUCGUCGUUAACAUAUAUUUACAAAGAUAGAAAAUGUUGACUUGUGGUAUCGAAGAAAUCAGAAUAUACACAGUAGUAUAUUAGACUUUUAUUUGAUUAUUGCUCUUGUUUGACGACACCAUUGAAGAUGAUCCUCGUCGCAAGUCUGGGUAUUUUAUGUCAGACAUAUACAAUAUGGUAUACUGUCAGCUAUGGGAUGCCAUGUGAUUUCUUCUGGCUUUUGCCAUUCAGUGGAAGAAAUAGGUUGAUGGAGGUUCGUCCGUAUCUACACGAUAAAUUUUAUAAUUUUCACGUGAAACGAAGUGUUUAUAAAUGUGUUUAAUAUAUUUCAGACUGACAUCUAUUGCGUUAAUUUUUAAUAUUCUAAAUGCAAUAAACAAUUAAUAAAACUUUAUAGCUUUACAUUGAUUGAUGAUUAAAAAGUUGCAUAUCAAAAAUAUUUUUCUAAUAAAUAGAAUGUUUUAUUAAACCAAGUUUUCAUGCGGACCGUUUUGAUUGCAGAUAAACUAAAUUUAUAUAUCAUUGUAAUAUUUUGAGAUAUUCUACAUAGAGGUAGCAUAUUUACUAAUUAUCUUUAUAAUGGACAUAAGAGAUCAGUGUUUGUAUAGGAUUGUAUACUCUUGCCUUCAGUGUUUCUAUCCGUUUUGAUUUUGAGAUUAUGACAAGUCUAUUUGUUUGGAUUUGAUUUUUGUAAUAAAGUGGUUAUAUGUCGCAUUCCACGAAAACAUUUAAAUUAUUACAACAAUAAUGAGUUAUGGGUACACUGUAAACUAGCGCCUAUCGGACGUGUUUAUUGUAAUUCAAUCAUUUUUAAAUUGGAAUGAAAACAAAAAAAAUCAUAAAUUGUAUAGUGUAAGCACACGCUAUUUCGCCUUUCCAUGUCUUAAUAAUAUGUAUCAAUCUCUGUGAAUACUAGAUCGUAGGAUGUAGUGUCUUAGAUAAAACGUUUAUAUUCUAAAUUAUGAAAGUAAACUCGGCAACACCACACGAACAAGUGAUACGAUAUAAGCUACUUAUUUUUAGCAGAACAUUAUUGUAUGGAAUGUAAUAUUAUGACAUAUAUUUCUUUAAUCGAUUUUGCCUGUAAAAGUAAUGGUUAAUGUGUCUUAGUUGUAUGUGUAAUGUAAUACGCAAUAUUAUAAUGUAACCCCACGAGGUCUGACAGCUAUGUAGCCAAUUAAUAGGCUGUGAGACAGCCCUUAUUGGACUCGAUUUACAUCUCCAAUAGAAACAAACGUUCAGUUCCUUACGUUUCCCCUUAUAGUUGGAUCGCAAAUUGCACGCUUGAAUUCAGUCGGAGAAUGUAAUUUUUCUCGUUAUAAUAUCGAUGUCUUGAAAGUAUUAAAUCGCUACUAUAAAACCUCCUUUU